CUGCUCCCAGUGAGAGAGCAUUUACACAUUGUGGCUCAGACAGACCAGGGCUACGGCACACUCAGGGACCCCACGAGCACGGUUCUACAUCCGUAACCUCAGCAAGGAUGCCGGCUAACACACCCAACCAAAACAAGAAGCGCAAUGCUUACGCCGCCGUUGCUGUGGAUCCAGAGACUGGCUACUGCACCCCAGGAGCAUUUGAGUUGGAGAGAAUCUUCUGGCAAGGUCCAGCUAAAUUCACCCAUGUGAACGAAGUUUGGCCCAACCUGUAUAUUGGAGACGAGAAAACCGCCCUGGACCGCUAUAGCCUGGAAAAAAACGGUUUCACGCAUAUUUUAAAUGCAGCACAUGGCCGCUGGAACGUAGACACUGGAACAGAGUAUUACAGUGACAUGACAGUGGAGUACUACGGGGUGGAGGCAGAAGAUCUUCCAGGCUUCAACCUUAGCCAGUUCUUUUACCCUGCAGCGGAAUUUAUUCACAAUGCACUAAACAACCCUGACAGUAAAGUGCUGGUGCAUUGUGCCAUGGGUCGUAGCCGAUCUGCCUCUCUGGUAUUAGCCUAUAUGAUGAUUUAUAAGAAAAUGACAGUGGUGGAUGCAAGCACUCACGUCCUAAAACAUCGAUGCAUCUUGCCAAAUCGGGGCUUCCUCAAGCAGUUGAGGGAGCUGGAUAUUAAAUUGGCUCUGGAAAAGCGAGAAGCUCGGGCCCUGAUGAAUGGGACACAGAAGGAUGAGUGAUACCCAGUGAAAUGGAGAUUGGGG